CCCCACCACCGUCUCGCCAGACAUCCCCCCACUAACACCCACCCCCUCACCUCACUCACACCAUGAGCGUCGAAGAGAAGGACCGCGAGCAGCACGCUCACAUGCUUGAGAAGGCUGAGGAGGGCGGCCAGCUAGCAUCUCGCUCUCAGCAGAAAAAGAUUGUCAUCCCGGGUGUUGUCAUCAUUCCCAUCUGGAUGGCCUGCUCUAUCAGCGUCAUUCUCUACAACAAAUACGUCUUCACCAACCUCAACUUCCCCUACCCCGUCUUCCUCACCACCUGGCACCUCUUCUUUUCGGCCGUCGCAACUCGUGUGCUGCAGCGCACCACCACCCUUGUCGACGGCGCAAAGGACAUUGAGAUGAGCCGUGACCGCUGGAUGAAGACCAUCCUCCCCAUCGGCGCCCUCUUCUCUGGGUCGCUCAUUCUUUCCAACUACGCCUACCUCACCCUCAGCGUCUCCUUUAUCCAGAUGCUCAAGGCCUUCAACCCCGUUGCGAUUCUCCUCAUCUCGUUCGCCUUCAAGCUCCAGGAGCCCAACGGACGCCUCCUCGCUAUCGUCAUGAUGAUCUCGGUUGGUUGCGCGCUUGCCGCAUACGGCGAGCUCAACUUUGAGAUGUUCGGCUUCAUCUGCCAGUGUGCCGCCAUUGUCUUUGAGGCGUCACGCCUGGUCAUGAUCCAGAUCCUCCUCCACGGCCUCAAGAUGGACCCGAUCGUGUCGCUCCACUACUACGCCCCCGUCUGCGCUAUCAUCAACCUCAUUGUCAUGCCCUUUAUCGAGGGCUUUGAGCCCCUGUACAACCUGCACCGUGUCGGCAUUCUUGUCCUGCUGUCGAACGCCGGUAUCGCUUUUGCCCUCAACGUCGCUGCCGUCUUCCUCAUCUCGGUUGGCUCGGGUCUUAUCCUUACUCUCGCUGGUGUCCUCAAGGACAUUCUCCUUAUCAGCGGCUCGGUUCUUGCCUUUGGGUCGGAGAUCACCGCCCUGCAGGUCUUUGGCUACGGCAUCGCCCUUGGCGGUCUCGUGACCUUCAAGACUACUGGCGGCAAGUAAAGCAGCCGGCGUGUCACCUUGACCCAGGCUGCCAUUAAGCGGGCAUGCCACGGACACAGGACACCGGAACUGGUUUGUUGACUGUUGGCCGGUGCAUGGUGCCCCCUUCACGACGAGGGGCAAUUUGUUUGUGGAUAUAGAGAGAGAUAGCUGGAGAGCAGAGGGCGGCCUCUCACUGCCCUCGUUCACUCAUUUAGUUUGUCAUAGAACAAUGCUUGCAUGCUGUCCGGCGCCCAUCUCGGUGACAGCGAAUUCUGG